AUGGCACAAGAGAUGAAUAUCACUGUUAUCUCCACGCCAUCUAAAUUAAUUGAUAUAGUUUUGGCUCCUGAUGGGUCUAAUUUUCCUGAAUGGAAGUUUUUGAUUAAAGUAAAUUUAGAUGGUAUGGGGAAGGGUGAUCAUUUGGAAAAAGAGUGUCCUACAGAUGCUACAGCUGGGGACUGGAAAACUACUGAUAAAGCAUUAAUGUCACGUGUAAUUAAUUGCAUUGAUAGGAGAAUUAUUUUAUCUAUGCAACACUGCCAAACGGUUAAAGAAGUAUGGGAUUUAGUGAACAAAUGGUUUAGUGGAACUAGUAACUUGAGAAAGUUAUACCAAUUAUCUCAGGAAGCGUAUCGGUCUAGUCAAAAGGGACGUGAGCUUAGAGAUUACUAUUAUGACUUUAAGAGUGUUUGUGUUGCUUUGUGUGCUGCUAUGCCGAUAACAAAUGAUGUGGGUGAAAUGACAAAACAACGUGACAGAUUACUUGUUUUUAGUUGGAUUGCUGGUCUGGAUAAAGAAUAUGAUGUUAUUAGAUCUCAACUGCUAGGAAAUAAGGAUUUAGAGUCUUUGGAUCAAGUAUUUUCUAUGCUACAGAAUGCAUCAGGAAAUAAUGAUUCGAACGAGCUCCAGGAAAGAAAUGUCCUUAUGUCACAGGGGGGAAGUACCAGUGAUAAUUAUGGCUAUGGCUCUCGAGGAGGGGGGUAA